AUGUGCGAAAAUGGAAACAACGGAAUUUUGGGCGAUGAAAUGGGUCUCGGCAAAACCAUUCAGACCAUUUCAAUUUUUGGCUACAUGAAGAACGUCAAGAAAAUUAACGGGCCAUUUUUGGUGGCCGCGCCGUUGUCAACGCUGCAAAAUUGGUUGAACGAAUCACAAACAUUUUGCCCAUCGCUACGAACGUUUGUAUUGCAUGCGUACAAGGAUGAACGCGCAAAAUUGCUGGAAAAAUUGAAAAAACCUGAAGACUGGGAUCCAUGCAUUACAUCCUACGACUUCCUUCUGAAAGAAUAUCAUAAAUUCCGCAAACCGAAUUGGCAAUACGUGGUUUUGGACGAAGGUCACAAGAUUAAAAAUGAAAAGACAAAAAUGAAUGGAGCAUUAAAAGCAAUCGAGUCAAAACACCGGCUCAUGCUCACCGGAACUCCAUUGCAGAACAAUUUGCAUGAGCUCUGGGCUUUGUUGAACUAUCUGUUGCCGAAUGUAUUCGCCGAUUCGGUUGAUUUUGAUUCGGACGAUGGUUUGAGUGGCAAUGAAACAAUCGUCAACCCACAAAUACAAACAUAUGGAAAAGUACAAGCAAAUGAAAGAAACAACAUUUUCGUCGAAUUGCGCAAGGCAGCAAAUCAUCCAUAUCUAAUUGAUAACAUCGAACCUAGUCCACCUUACACAACCGAUCAACAUUUGGUCGAUAGUUGUGGCAAGAUGAAAGUGUUGGAUCAAUUACUUGCACAGCUCAAAGCACAAGGAUCGCGUGUUGUUCUCUUCAGCCAGGCCAUACGGGUGAUGCUCGAAAUAAUUGAGGACUAUCUGAUGUGGCGCGGCUACAAAUGUUGUCGAUUGGAUGGUAACAACACGUACGAUGAGCGUACUAAGAGCAUUGACGAGUUCAAUGCGAAAAAUAGUGAGAAAUUCGUAUUCAUCCUAUCAACUCGUGCUGGUGGCCUAG